AAAACUGAAAAAUCCUCUAUUUCUUCUUCCUUAAAAGAGUAAAGGUCUACUAUUUAUGAAAAUUCAGUAAGAUUUUAGAAAGUCAAAAUAAUGUCAAUGUCACUGACUGGUGUAAAAAACAAUAACAAAUAACAAUUUUAAUAAGAUUUUAAAUAACUCGAUAUGUAGAUAACGUUUAAUCACUAUUUGUUGAAAAAUUUUUAUUCAAUUCAAGAAAAAUUGCCAAAAUGAAAAAUAACUUUGGGAUAAUAUUAAUAUCCCUUUUUCUCAAAUUAGCAACUGCUGAAGUAUUAUAUUAUCAACCUGAACAAGUGCAUAUUGCAUAUGGUGCUAAUAUAUUUGAAAUCAUUGUGACUUGGUCAACUUUUAAUGAAACGCCGAAUUCUUUGGUGGAAUAUGGCAUAGGGGGAUUAGUUCUACAAGCAGAGGGCACUUCAACCCUUUUUGUUGAUGGAGGCAAGGGGAAACAUUCCCAAUAUAUCCAUAAAGUUGUUUUAAAAAAAUUAACUCCAGACAGUACAUAUCAAUAUCAUUGUGGUAGUGAUUUGGGCUGGUCGAACCUAUUUAAUUUUAAGACAGCACCUGAUUCUCCUGGAUGGCAACCACAUUUGGCUAUUUAUGGAGAUAUGGGUAAUGAAAAUGCUCAAUCUUUAGUAAGAUUACAGGAAGAAACACAAAGGGGUUUAUAUGACGCAAUUUUACAUGUUGGAGACUUUGCAUAUGACAUGGAUAGUAACAAUGCUGAGGUUGGAGAUCAAUUCAUGAGACAAAUAGAAUCGAUUGCUGCAUAUUUACCAUAUAUGACAUGUCCUGGAAAUCAUGAAGAAAAGUAUAACUUUAGUAAUUACCGUGCAAGAUUUUCUAUGCCCAGUGGACCUGAUUCCUACAUGUACAGCAUUGAUAUUGGCCCCUUGCAUGUAAUUUCCAUAUCAACAGAAGUCUAUUAUUUCGUGGAAUAUGGUAUAAAACCUUUAGUAUUCCAAUACGAAUGGUUGGAAGAUAACUUAGCCAAAGCAAACCUUCCAGAGAAUAGAGAAAAACAACCAUGGAUCAUUGUAAUGGGACACAGACCUAUGUAUUGCUCAAAUACAGACAUGGAUGAUUGUACCCAACAUGAGACAUUGACAAGAGUAGGUUUACCAUUUUUGCACUUUUUUGGACUGGAAGAUUUGUUAUAUAAUUAUGGAGUUGAUUUGGCCAUUUGGGCCCAUGAGCACUCUUAUGAAAGACUGUGGCCUGUUUACAAUUACACAGUUUAUAAUGGAAGUUAUGAGCAGCCUUAUGUUAAUCCUGGUGCUCCUGUCCAAUUUACCACCGGUUCUGCAGGGUGCAAAGAGGGUACAGACCAUUUUAUUCCCAAAUUGCCUGAUUGGUCAGCAUUUAGAAGCAGUGACUAUGGCUACACCCGCCUGAAGGCUCACAACAGCUCCCAUUUGUAUAUUGAACAAAUUUCCGAUGAUAAAAGUGGUGAGGUUAUCGAUUCGUUUUGGAUAGUAAAGGACAAACAUGGAUUGUAUCCUGGUUCUAAGAUGAACUGGGCCAAAGUGGAUAAGAUGAGAUUGAAGAAUAUGAAUAAUUAAAUAAAUUUGCUCAGUUUUAUAAAUAUAUUUGUAGUUAUAACUGUAACCUUUAUUUAUGGAAAAAGGACAUCAUUUAGAUUUUUAAAUUAAUCUAUUGUAUAAUUUGCAAUUUUUUAGUAUGGAUUAUAUUUUUUUAUAUAUCGUCUUUGUUACUGCAACACUAUGCUGUCAAAAAAAAAAUCCUCAAAAAUUCACUUGUAUGAAAGAAUGCAACCAAUAGUGAGUCAAGCAUUGCAAUAUGUGAGUACAAAGGUGUAAAAAAAGGUCCUUUAUUUCUCACAAAGUUAAUUUGUUGGCGACCAGUUUCGAAGUGAUCACUUCAUCAUCAGGCACAUCUAAAUGGAAAGUCAUGGAGUCAAUGUAUUGAAAUGUGAAAAUUAUUUAAUACAAAAAUGAAAAUUGAACAAAAUAAAACAACUAACAAAAGGGGGGGGUUAAUAAUAAUUUGACUUCCCAUGACAUAUCCAUUACGGAUAAGAUACGCAAUUUUAACAUACAAACUUAAAAAGUCAGUGUAUAUAUAUAAAAUUAUGCCAAAGAUUUUAUUUUAUAAGAAAGUAAAGUUGCAAACAAACACACAUUUUAAAAUUUCCAUUAAAUUAGGUCUGGACAAUAUGUAUUAUGUCAGUAUUCUAUUCCAAAAAUGUAUAAUAUCUGGCAAUAUGAUCUGUGUAUGAAUUCUUAGGUCUUUUCCUUUGCAUCGAAAGUGUAGCACUGAGCUACACCACUUCUGAAAAUAUCGUUCCAUUUAUACAAAUUGUAUGGAUGGAAUGAUCUAUUCAGAAGUGACGUAGCUCAGUGCUACACUGUGGAUGCAAAGGAAAAGACCUCUUAUGUAGUACUUAUUCGCAUUUUAUAGUCUCUAGUAAAAUUAGUUUUUCGUGACAUAGUUUGUAUUGCAGAAUCAUCGACGAUAAUAUAUGCUGUUAAUAUGAUCAAAUAAUGUUCUGAAAAGCUUUAUAGAUUUCGACUUUCUUGAACUUAACUUUAAAUAUUUUAACUUUCGACUUAGAAAUGAUUGUUUAAGAUUUAUUACAGGGUCCCAAUAAAAUUGGCCAUUUUGCAGACUUUUCCAGCAAUAAAUAGUCUGAUGGGACUUUCUAUGGCUGCUAAAAUACACCACUGAUCACAUUACUAUUAAAUGUAAACCAAAUAUUAAAUUUAAGA